AAAAGUGGCUGUCUUUGUCGCACCCUGUAACUCCGUCAACAGAGCGACCGCUGAAAAGAGAGGCCACAGACUUACGCGUUUACUAUUCCAUUGCCUACAUUCAGACUAUAUUACCAUAAACAAUCUCUGUGCCUCACAAGAGAAAAUCACGCCACUCAGGAUACACCCAUGAGUACCAUCAAAUCACUCACCUUAGAGGUAGAGCGAAAAUUCACGCAACUUGCCGUGCAACCCUUUACACGUGCCGGAGGAACUCCAUCAUUUCGAAGCUUGCAGUACCUCGGUUCACACUCUUUCCACAAUAUUUACUACGAUCUGGACGGGCUAUUGUCAUCGAAGGGUAUUUGGAUACGAAGAAGAAAUGGGCACUGGGAAGCAAAAAUAAAACAUGGAGGGGAUUUUCAGAAUUCGAGAUUUGUGGAACUGCAUGAUCCAAAAGAAAUCUCCAGUCAACUGGAGAUUUUGACGGGCAUCAAGCAAACGCAAUACAACAACUUUGGCUUACGAAAGUUGGCUGACUUUACGACUUUGAGACAAAGCUGGAUCGCCGAUGAUGAAUAUACGAUAGUUUAGGAUACCAUGGACUUUGAUAAUCACAUGGUUGGAGAGGUGGAAUUGCAAUGUACGCUUACAUUGAGCCCUGAAAAUUGUUGUAUUCUUGAGCAGAAACGCGUGCUCAAGCUCGAAGAAAUGGAUUUACGGAUCAAGAACUUUAUGGGUCACUACGCGUGGGCAUUUUGUGUGGGCAGACCAAAGGGCAAGCUCGCCGCGUUUCUUGAAAGAGGUUGAGCGUCUCUCUCCUUGUCUACAACCCAAUGUUGAGGGUGCGCGUCCAGUCUCUACCACAGAGACCUUUCCCG